GUUUAUUUCGAUAAUUUUUUAAAUUAUUUAUGUAAAAAUAAAUAAAAAUGGAUAUAAAAACAUUGUUAUUAAAAUCCUUGUCAUCAAAAAAACCAAUAAGAGCCAGUCGCCGUAUUUAUAUAGGAAAAUUGUGUUUUAUUAUAAAAUAUGUGGUAAAAGGAAAAAUGUUGUCUAUCAAAAGUAUAAAAACACCCAAUUGCAAGAUAAAAACUUGGGCGGAACAUAUAAAACAUUAUCGUACUAAUUUGAAAAGAUAUCGCAAAAAGAAAAAUAUAAUGGAAGAUAAUUUAGCAAUAUCGAAAGAUAUAAAUUUCGAAGAUAAAGCAACAACUACUAUAGAAAUUCCAAGACAUAUACAAGCAAUACAAACUGAAAUAGCGCUAAAGCCUUUAAUAACAAAAACCAAGUCAACACAAAGUGAAAUGUUAGCAAUUACUACAUCAGCUCAACAAACUAUAGCCUCGGUAAUAUUCAAUAGAAAAACUAAAAACCAACAACAUAUAUCUAGUUUAGGAACCUGCUCUAAAACAUGUCAAACAGAUUCAGUUAUUAGUGAAAGCCGAGGAAUCCAAUGCAAAAGAUUAAACCAGGUGAAAUCCACCAAUACUGAUGACAAUACUAGAAACUCUAAUACCCAAACAGAUUUGUUUAUUGAUAUGAUAAAUUCAGAUAAAACUUCAGAACCUUUAUGUUGGAGGACGUCGACUAGAGAUUUUGAUGUUGUUAUUUAUAUGUUAAAUGAAAUUGGUGAAAUAGUAAUCAAUCAAAAUCAGUUAUUAAGUUCUAAUUCGGAAAUGAUAAAGGAAAUAGUGGAAAGAAACUCGAUGACAGAUUCUAAAACGUUAAAGAGCGAUAGUAGGUAAGCAUGUGUGAGGUUGAGAAAUUAAGUAUAAAAUCGAUAUUUACAAUGAUUUUAACUCAACUGAUAGAAAUAGUAUAAUGCAAUGUGGACUGAUAUUUAGAUAAUUCC